AGUAUUGGACUAAUUUCCGGAGAGUAUAAUUUCACGAAAGUAGAGAAUUCGCUUUGUAUGAUUUUAAGAGAAGAAGAAGUAUUUGUAAUCUGAGAUUUCUUUUUUUUUGCUUUUCACUAGAUACCGAUAAGAAUCAAAAUGAAUGUUAUAUUAGCCGUGAAACAAUAUGUGAGUAAAAUGAUAGAGGAAAGUGGUCCAGGAAUGAAAGUCUUACUAAUGGAUGCAGAUACGACUGUAUUUGUAAGUAUGGUGUAUGCCAAGUCAGAAAUCUUACAGAAAGAAGUCUACUUAUUUGAAAAGAUUGAUUCAGGAGCAAGUCGAGAAUCUAUGAAACACUUGAAAUGCAUAACUUUUUUAAGACCUACAAAAGAAAAUGUUGCCCUUCUUGCUAGUGAGUUAAAAGCUCCGAAGUAUGGACUCUACUACAUUUAUUUUAGUAAUGUCAUCAGUAAACAAGAUGUGAAGAUUUUAGCAGAAGCAGACGAUCAAGAAGUAGUAAGAGAAGUACAGGAAUUCUAUGGAGAUUAUAUAGCAGUUAAUCCUCAUCUCUUCUCUUUAAAUAUCAGCAACUGUUGUCAGUCAUUAAGAUGGGCUCAACCAAUGUUAUCCAGAACUGCACAAGGUUUAACAGCUCUUUUACUCUCAGUAAAAAAAUGUCCCAUGAUCAGAUAUCAGAAUUCUUCAGAAAUGGCUAGAGAAUUAGCUGAUAAUGUUAAGCGUAUAAUAACGAAUAAUGCUGCAUUAUUUGAGUUUCGUCGUACUGAUGUAGCACCUGUAUUAUUGAUAUUAGAUAGAAGAGAUGAUGCUGUUACACCUUUACUUAACCAGUGGACGUAUGAAGCUAUGGUGCAUGAAGUAUUAGGAAUAGAAAACUCUAAAAUAAAUUUAUCAAAGGUUCCCGGUAUUUCAAAAGAUUUGAAAGAGGUUUUACUGUCUGCAGAAACAGAUGAAUUUUAUUCUGAGAAUAUGUACCAAAGCUUUGGAGAAAUUGGAACAAAUAUAAAAAAUUUGAUGGAUGAAUUUCAGAAGCAAUCAAAAAAUCAUACAAAAGUUGAAUCUAUUCAGGAUAUGAAGAAUUUUAUAGAGAAUUAUCCACAGUUCCGAAAGAUGUCAGGAACUGUGUCUAAACAUGUAACAGUAGUAUCAGAGUUAUCUCGUCUUGUUGGGUUAUAUAAUCUAUUAAAUGUGUCGGAAACAGAACAAGAAAUAGCCUGUCAAUCAGAUCACUCUAACCAAUUACAGCAAAUUAAAGUAUUAAUGGACAAUGAUAAAGUACGACCAAUGGAUUUAUUACGUUUGGUUAUGUUAUAUGCUCUAAGAUACGAGGCUCAUACUAAUAAUGAUAUGGUUGGUUUAAUUGAUUUGUUAAAACGAAAAGGAAUAUCAGAAGACAAAAGAGCUAUGGUACAUGCUGUUUUAGAAUAUGGAGGUAGGAAAGCUAGAGGAAGUGAUCUGUUCCGUAGUGGAGAUCCUGUUAAUAUUACCAGACGUAUUCUACAAAAUCUUAAGGGUGUAGAAAAUGUUUAUACACAGCAUCAACCAUUGUUAGCAUCUACAUUAGAUCAGCUGAUCAAAGGAAAGUUAAAAGAAGCCAGUUACCCAUACAUGGGUGCAAAUCAACUUAAAGACAGACCACAAGAUGUAAUAGUGUUUAUAAUUGGUGGUUGUACCUACGCAGAGUCGAAGUUGGUGCAUACUCUUAAUCGUACUACUCACGGUGUUAAAAUAAUACUUGGAGGAACAACAAUUCAUAAUUUUGAAAGCUUUUUAAGUGAAUUAUCAACAGCAGUGAAGGGACAAGCAACAAAAUACCCAGCUAGAACUGGCAGACACUGAACAAAUGUUCUAUACCAUUGUCAACUUAACAACUGUAUUAUAUUAAGUUUAAGUACCCCCUAUCUUUUUUCGUUCACUCCCAAGUCUCUGCAUUAGUGCCAAUUAAAAUCAGCUGUUGCAAUUAUUGAACAAUGAUAUUUCUAAGUUGUUGAAUAUGCUAUAUACUUCAAGUGGAAAAUAUCGUUUAAGGUUUACACAUACAUGUACCAUGCUAAUAUUACUGUUACUUAGGCAGUUAUAACAUCGUACAUACAGUACUUUAUUUAUAUUAAAGUUAUUAAGAUGAACAUUUACUAGGUUUAUUUUGGAAACCGUGCAUUAUCUACACAUUAUAACCCUAUAUCUUCAGUACAUAUUAUGAAUCUUGUUAUAUUUAUGUCUUAUUAUACUAAUUCAUUGUAAAUAUAUAUUAUAUUUAUCUAUAGUCAUACUGUAUAGCUAUAGACCACACCAUUCCAUAAAUACAUAUACUAAGAAGAAAUAUUGUAAUUAAACUCACUCUUUUUCAUUUAAAUUAUUAUGCUGCAUGUACAUGCACUCAAUAAUUUAUUUCGUACUGUUUUAAAUGUUGGUUAUGACUAGUCAAAUUCUUUAAAAUUGCUAUGUUCAGAUGACUAGACCUCUUUUAUUUGGGUCAAAAAUAAAAAUGUUAAUUUUAUUUUUUAGUAUCAGUGACGAUUUAUUUUGUGGGAUGACAAUCUAUCUUUGUUAAAAAUUUUACAUAUUUUAAUAUAAUCGAUUUUGUGUUUCACUGUGGACACAGUAAGUGAAAAAUGUAACCAAAUUUAGUAAACAUGCUAACCUUUCAAAACAAACAUCUAAUCGUAUACAGCUAGCCCAACCACUAACAAAAUAAGACACCAGAUUAGCCCAAAUCAAUACUUUAUUUUGACCAGAAUCAAAGAGGUUUAGCACCUUAAGAACGUAAUGUUCUAUAAUAUAUGUUUAUUUUGUAAUUACUUGUAAAUUUGUUUUAUUGUAUACAUACUUGGAAGAUUUAGAAUUGCUUAGAAUAUCUAUAAUUGUUGUAAUUCAUGACAUAAUGUGCUUCUAUAUACAUUUCAUCGUAAAUUGUAGUCAAUAAUGUAUAUCGUGGGUAGGUGUCAAAAUGUCCUAUCUGGGUUUUGCGAAAUUGUCCAUGAGAGCCAAAAAUAGCACAGAGGUUAGGAAUCAAAAUGUCUUAUAAAACCAUCACGUCAGAAUGGUGUAUGUAAAAUGUCGUAUUUCUAAAGCUUUUCUCAAAUAUUUAUGUACAAAAUGUAUGUGUAGCCAUUUAAACAGUAUGUAACUAUUCGCACAUAUAAUGAUCAACAUUUGGUACAGAAAUAAGGAGUAAAAGCUAGUUAUUUGCAAUUUUAUACAGCAAAGACGUAUCUGGGGGGGGGGGGGGGAAUUCACCAUUACCUGCAUCAGUUUCAUAGAUUUCACACAGUAGAGGCUCAACAAUAAUUUCAAUAAUAGGUAUUUAAACAUAAAACUAUACUAGCUAUAUUUCGUUUGAUUGCAAUGCUUUGGUUAGAAGCAAAGUUGAUUUUUUCAAGAAAAUACAACAUUUUCGCCCUUAAUAAAAAAUUUUUUGGGGAACACCUCAUAUACGACAUUUUGAAACAGUAUCUAUAAACCUCUUUUUAUUGGCUUAGAAAUACGACAACCAGAUGAAAAGAUGAGCAAGAAAAUUCUCAUUCUGAAGAAGCAAAAAAUUGAAUUUCGCAAAAUAUGCCAGAUAUGACCUUUUGACUCCCCACCUUUUGACUCCCCAUCGACAAUAUUUUAUUCUUGAAUCAUAAAAUAUGGAGAUAAAAAUGUAAAUGAAAUUU